AUGGCGGAGCGGCAGGCGGCCACGCGGCGCCUGCUCGAGGCCAUGCGGCAGGACGAGCGCCAGCUGGAGGCGGCGGCCGAGGGCCCCGGCAGCGCGGGGGCGGCGGCGGCCGGCGGCGGCGGGCGUCGCGGUGGGCGCGGCGACGCGGUCGGGCGGCGGGCGGAGUCGGCGGCGGCGGCGGCGGCGCGACGAAGCCCUGGGACGCCUGCCGGCAAGGCCAGCCGCGUGCGCAUCCAGACUGCCUCCAGAGGUGGUUAA